AUGUUCCAAAAUACAUUUGGGCUAAAUGCAAGCAAUAGAGGUAAUCAACAUAGUAGUACGAAUUUAACACCUUCAGGUUCAGAUUGGACACAAAAUAAUGGAAUUCUUGUGGAGAUUACAGGUUGGACAAAUGCUGAUGAAAAGGAUUUGUCAUCUUUCAUUCAUAGGAAGACGAAAAUCAAUAUUAGGCUCAUCUAUGCGGACCGUACAACUGGAAUUUUGAAAGCUUCGGUGAAAACAGAUGGAGAUGCAAACACCUUGAGCAAAUGCAAUGGUAUCCGCUUUGCAGGCAACACUCUAAGAAUCAAGAUUCUCUCCUCUUCGGGUAACAUAUCGGCCGCAGGGGGUAAUAGCACUUUGGUAUUAAUCAAAUCUGCUCUUUCUUCAAGGUAUGACUCCACGUCUAGACUACUUAAUUUGGAUGGCAUACGCAAUGAUGCUAACCCUGAGCUGCGUGAAGUUCUUGCAAACUCUCAAACUGCAUCAAAAUUCUUUUUAGCGAUGUUGAAGAUCGCUCUUAAAGAAGAAUAUGAGAUUGACUCGUUGAAUUUGUCCAACAAUAAUCUAGGUAACAAUUCAAGAGAUCUCAUCGAAAUGGCAAUUUCUUUACCAGGCUUGAAAAACUUGGCAUUAUCUAAUAACAACAUCACCAAGCUUGACACCCUCGAAAAAUUGAAGAAUAAGUUGCCUCACUUACGGGAACUAUGGAUAACAGGUAACCCGAUUGAUAAUCCUACAUCUACAGGGGAAAUCAUCAAAAUUUUCCCCCGUCUGAUCAUACUGAAUGGGUUACCGGUAAGAGACGAAAGCAAACUUUCAAAACUGCUCUCUUUUCCUAUUCCGAAUCAAAGUUUGUUUUUUGAGUCGUCAGAUUUACAAAGAGUCGCAAUAGAAUUCAUUACGACUUAUCUCAGGUUAUGGGACCAUGAUCGCACGAGCCUAGUUAGCCUAUUCUCUCCAGAAUCUCAAUUUUCUUACCAUUUUGACACCACUCAUAUUGUGGAUGCUCCUAUAGGUUCCAUAGAAUCUAAGGCAGUCAGGGUGCCACAUUCUGUCGCCAGUUCUUGGGGUUCAUAUAUAUCUAAUUCAAGAAAUCUGAUGCGAGUCUCUGGACUCAGGCCCCGGCUGUCUAAAGUAUUCAAAGGUGGAGAACAAAUUAAGCAAGCCUUUCGAUCAUUACCUGGAACCAAGCAUGAACUUCAAGAAAAUCCCCAAAACUACUCUAUUGAGGUUGUUUCAGUGCCUGUUUUGAAUGCCAUGCAAAUAUCAAUUCAUGGUGGGUUUCAGGAAGUUUCGCCUCCUGUCGCUACCGGUAAAGAAUCUAGUACCAGGCAGGGGGGUCGAUUUGGAGCCCCGAAUGCAAAUACUCGUUCCUCUUUGGAGAAACGCUCUUUUGAUCGGUCACUAAUGGUGAUAGCUGGUCCUAAUGGAUCUUAUAUCGUGGCUUCUGACAUGUUACUGCUCAAGCCAUUUUCGGGUUUAGGCGCUUGGUUCCCAAAGUCUCCUCUGGAGGCAACUCCAUCUUUCUCUGAUUCCUCGAAUGGACAUGUGCUGGCAAAUGCAGUGGAACCAAUUUCAAUUCCUUCAGACAUCGCAGCGAACUUGAACCUGUCACAGCAGCAAGUUUUAUGCAAGGUAAUGACGGAGACGAACUUGGUUUUACAAUACUCUUUAUUACUUUGUGAGCAAAGUAACUGGGAUUACGGUACAGCUCUGAUGAACUUCCAAAAUUCCAGAUCUCAAAUUCCAGGGGAAGCUUUUCAAUCAUAA